GUUUUCUGCAAAGAUUAGAAGGAAAUUGGUAUAAUCAAUAUGAUCAAUGACUAUAGAGGGAAGAAAUUGAUCAUUUAGUAUAGGACCAAAAAGGACACAACAAUCUUUUAGGGGAGAAGGGACUUGAAUCGAGCAUGAUAUUUUAAGUAGAAACUCUAGCAAAUGAGUAAAAAAAGAUGCAUCAAGGGUGAAAGAACUGUUCAUCGAAUAUUAAAUAACUUAUUUUAAAUUAGGUAAACAGCUUUUGGCUGCUUCAUUUUACAGGUUAUAAACUGAGUGAUGGCGGAGGCUAUGAUUGAGGUCCUUGUAGAGCAAUUAAUUGAAGCCCUCAAGAAACAUGGUGAAUACAUGCUUGAAUUUCGAAGCCAGUUCAGUGAUAUGAAGGCACACCUUGACCUCAUGAAAUCCUUUCUCGUUGAUGCUUACAAGCUCAAAAGAAAGGAGGAAACAGUGAAGACAACCUUAAGUAUGCUCAGAGAACUGGUUUAUGAUGCAGAGGACAUAUUGACUGACUGCCUACUCAGAGCAGAAUAUCGGAAAGAAGGGUUUCACUUAAACAACUUCUCCCCACGUGAAUUGAUCUUCCAGUAUCGAACAGGGAAAAAGUUGAAAAACAUCAAUGAAAGAAUUGAAAAGAUGCAGAAGAUCUUGAAAUCCUACUUCAAGACAAUUGGACAACAGAGUGUCCAUGAUGACUGUGGUAGCAUAGGGAAGAGGUGGACAUCACCAGUUUAUGAUGAAUCUACAAUAGUUGGUUUAACAGAAGAUACAAAAAAGAUAAUUGGCUGGAUUCUUCCUGAAAACAGGAUAUUGCACCGAGUUGGGAUUGUGGGGAUGGGUGGUUUGGGCAAAACCACCAUAACUCAGAAGAUUUUUAACAACAGACAAGUUGUUGAUCGCUUUGAUAAGAGAAUUUGGGUCUCACUAUCUCAAAAUUUCAAUGAGGAAGAGAUCAUGAGGACCAUGUUAAAACAAUUGGGAGAAGAUGUAAAUGGACUGGAUAUGGCUCAAAUGCUGCCAAAGAUUAAGCAAGCACUUGAAAAUAGGAAUUAUCUGAUUGUAUUCGAUGAUGUUUGGAGCGCUGAAGGUUGGUGGGACAGAAUACGUGCUGGGCUACCAAAGAGGGAGGGCAAAAGUAGUGGCAUAAUAAUCACAACAAGAAUAGAAAAUGUUGCAACUGAAAUAGGGGUUGAGAAAGCACGAAUUCAUCAGCCCAGAAUUCUGAAUGAAGAAGAAAGUUGGGCUCUAUUCUGCAAAAUUGCAUUUGCAUCAGAUGAGGAAGCACAACAGCAUUCCGAGUUGGAGGAAGUGGGAAAAGAUAUAGUUAAAAAAUGUGGAGGACUUCCACUAGCUAUAAAGACCAUAGGAGGCUUACUGAAAUCAAAAACUCAAUCUACAGAAGUUUGGAGAAGGAUUUGUACCAAUUUCCAUGAUGUAGUGGCCACAAGAGAAAGCGGAAGCUCAGUCAUGGCUUCUUUACAACUUAGUUAUGAUGAGCUUCCUAUUCGCCUGAAGCAAUGUCUACUGUGCUUUUCCAUGUAUCCAGAGGACUCAGAGAUAUGGGCUGAGCAGUUAGCUCGUUGGUGGGUUGGAGAGGGUUUCGUUGAGGGAAAAGGCUCAAGAACUGCAAUGGAAUUGGCCUUCGACUAUCUAUCAGAGCUCAUCAGCAGAUGCCUAGUUGAAGUUGUGCAGCAAAGAGGUUAUGAUGGAAGAGUUUACAGUUGCAAGAUGCAUGAUCUGGUGAGGGAUUUGACCAUAAAAAUUGCCAGAGAGGAGGCAUUUUGCAACUUUGAUGAACAAGGCAGGCAAGGACUCUCAGCGCAAUCCCGGCGUUUGAGCUUUACGUGUGAAAUUGAUGUGAAGGCACUGAACAGAAAAUCAAAGCUCCGGACAAUGCUGAUAAUGACAAGCUCCCCAAUUCAACUCAACAGGAAUACUGGAUUGUUUACAAUUAAGUCCCUCAGGGUGUUGGAUUUCUCACAAAACAGAAUGGAAAAUAUUAGCAUGGAUGACCUAUUGAAUUGGAUCAGUUCCCUUGAACGCCUAGCAUAUCUGAAUUUAAGGGGGGUUUCUGCCCUAAAAGAACUGCCAUAUUCGAUUGGAAGGCUUCGCAACCUCCAGCUUUUGGUUUUGUCUGGAUGCAAUAAUCUGCAAAAACUGCCCUCGUCCAUUAUUGCCUUGCAGAAGCUGACGGUCUUGGAUAUAGGGUAUUGUCCCAUUCAACAAAUUCCCCAAGGAAUAGUAAGGCUCUCAAAUCUCCAAGAACUGUCUGGAUUCAAGUUAGUAGGCAGUGCUAACAAGGAUGCCUGUAGACUAAGGGAGCUCCAAAAUUUGUUUCAGCUCAGAAUACUAAGAAUAAAUAUAUGUGAUGAAAGUGAGAUUGAAGAAGAGGAACUGACAGUCCUAUUACGUCUCAAACAACUUAAGGUUUUAUCUAUUAACGCUGAAGGAUGUGAGAAAGAAGACAUUUUUCAGAAGCUGGAUAGACUAUCUCCUCCUCCACAUCUUGAAGAGUUGUACCUAAGGCACUACCAUGGCACAUUUCUGCCACAAUGGAUGAAUCCUGAAUCACUCUGUCAUUUGCAAUAUCUUUGCAUUGAAAAUGGAGACCUAAAUUCCCUGGGCCCCAGUUUUGAGGGUACAAAUGGCACCACUUGGAAGGUUGAGGGCCUAUGUCUGAAAUUCCUAGCAAGGUUGCAUGCAGAGUGGGAGAUGGUGCAGCGGGUGAUGCCACGAAUAAGGUAUGUGGAGGUUAGCCACUGUUACAUGUUGAAGUCAUUCCCUUGUAACAUCGACAAACUAGGGGUAUGGAGAAAAUAAGAGAAGCAAAUCAUUGGGCCAGGCAGGAAAUGAAGUUGGGAAGGAAGAUAGCUUUGACAUUAGAAAACCUCCAGAAGCUAGCAUCCUUAUGUUAUCUAUAGAUGGUUUUCCCUUUCUCUGGAAAUAAUACAUGGAGAUAGUUGCAUGUAAAAUACACCGAACUGUUCGAUGGGUUAGUUUUUUUACGGGUGGAAAACAUCUUUUAUUUUGCAGUUUCAUGUA